UGCUACUUCUGUGUUGUUAAUUUCGCUUACACACUCCUUCCCUUAUUGUUUGCUAUAUAGGCUAGUUAUAGCAGUAAUGUCUGACGAAGAGGAUUUUCCAGAUUCCACUGAUGAUGAAGAUUAUGUUCCCUCGGAUGGAGAGGCUGUGUCAGAAGAAGAGCAUUCAGGGGACGAGGAAAAUCUUGAUGCCUUGAAGGAGGAUGGUGUAACACUCACCUCAGGGAGAAGGAGAAAGACUUCCAAAAAGAAGGCUGCCCUUUCUGGUGUGAGGAAGCGUAAGGGUGGUAUACAGCUUGAGGGUGAGACAGAGGUGGCAGAAGAGGAGAAGAAUACGGAGUUGGAACAGCAGAUCAAAGCAGAACAAGAGGCUAAGAAGGUAGAGCAGGAGAAGAAGAAAUCCGACGACCUUUGGGCAAGCUUCAUGUCCGAUGUUGGCAAGAGGCCCGAGAAAAAAACAGCACCAGCCCCAAGCGGAUCACUAGCAUCAACAUUAACAAAGAAACAAUCUACACCUAGCAAAUCUGAAACCCCUCCAUCCGAUCCCACUACAUCCACACCAGCUAGUUCUACUGUUACCCAGGCAACGACAAAAUCCACCAUCACUGUCACCAAGGUCUAUGACUUCGCCGGAGAGGCGGUAAAGGUGACAAAGGAGCUUGAUGUAAACUCUAAGGAAGGUCAGGCAGAGCUGAAGAAGCAGCAGAGCGCGACCUUGGAUACAUCCACCGGUGUUUCCUCGACAUCCAAGCCAGGAGUUGCUUCCCUUGCAUCAACAUCUUCACUGCUUUCUGGAGGAGUAAAGCGGCCUGGUGCUGGGGGACUGGGUGGGGUACUGGCCAAAAUAAACAAGAAACCAAAAAUGGGAACUCUGGAGAAGUCUAAACUGGACUGGGAGGACUUCAAGCAGAAGGAAGGCAUUGAGGAAGAGCUAGCCAUACACAACAGGGGCAAACAGAGCUAUAUUGAGAGGAUGAAAUUCCUACAGAGGUCAGACCAGAGACAAUUUGAGAUCGAGAAGAGCUUAAGACUUGGAUCUACCAGCAAGAGAUGACAGUGUUUGUGUUACUUUGACAAAGGAAAUCUCUAUCAAAUAAAUUAAACACAAGUCUUGUUCAAUCAUGUAUCACUCAAAACAUGGUGUGGUUUGAUAUGUCCAUUUGUGUAUUUGAAAUAAUAGGUCUUACCUCGCCAGGCUGUGGAGUAUUAUAUAGUGUGUGCUACUUAGGGACCAUGUAUCUCUACACUAUAAUUUUCAAUGAACGUUUCAGGAAAUGUUUGUGCAUCUUAUACCCAUUUGUAGGUACUUGGCAAGGUUGGCUUAUUUCAUUCGUCUUUGACCUCUGUGAAGGUUUUGGUAUUUUUAUAGUGAAUAAAGUGUCUAAUGCAUC